AUGGCACUUGUGAGAGCAGCUGAACGAACCUCUUCUUCUAAUACUUCUCGAUAUUGUCGUUAUCACGUGUUCCUGAGUUUCAGAGGUGAAGACACUCGCAAGACUUUUACCGACCACCUCUACACAGCCUUGGUCAACGCAGGAUUUCAUACUUUCCGUGACGACGAUGAGCUUGAGAGAGGAGAACAUAUUAAGCCCGCAUUGCAGAAAGCAAUCAAACACUCACGGACUUCUGUUAUUGUGUUCUCAAAAGACUAUGCGUCCUCCACAUGGUGCCUUGAUGAGCUCAUGAUGAUCCUUGAACGUAAGAGGAGAUCAGCUGACCAUGUCAUUUUACCAGUGUUCUACGAUGUGGAUCCAUCCCAUGUGAGGAAGCAGACAGGGAAUAUUGCAAAGGCAUUUGCUAGACACCAAAAAACUCAACCGCUGAAGAAGGUGGAAGUGUGGAGGGAGGCACUUGCAGAGGUUGCAGAUCUGGCAGCGAUGGUCCUACAAAAUCAAGCUCUUGGGCACGAGUCAAAGUUCAUCAACAAAAUUGUUAAAGUGAUAGGAGACAAACUAAAUCGCACACCCCUAAGUGUUCCCAACAUCAUGAUCGGGAUGCAAUCUCGAGUCAACAAACUUAACUUGUGGUUACAAGAUGGAUCAACUGAUAUCGGCAUAGCUGUAAUUUAUGGUAUUAGUGGAAUAGGAAAGACAACCAUUGCAAAGUUUGUUUAUAAUUCAAACUUUAGAAGAUUUGAAAGAAGCAGCUUCCUUGAAAAUAUCAAAGAAAUUUCAAAACAACCUACUGGCUUAGUUCAAAUACAAACACAACUUCUUUAUGAUGUUUUGAAUGGGAGAAAAGUGAAAAUAAGCAAUCUCAAUGAAGGAAUAACUAGGAUUGGAGAUGCCAUAAGUUCUAGAAGGGUUCUCCUUGUUCUCGAUGAUGUGGAUCACAUGGACCAAUUAGAUGCAGUACUUCGGAUGAAAGAUCGAUUUUAUCCAGGAAGUAAAAUCAUCGUAACAACUAGGCGUGCAAGAUUGUUAAAAGCUCAUCAAGUUGAUCAUGUGCAUGCUGUUGAAACUUUGAAUUACAAAGAUUCAUUGGUGCUCUUCAGUUGGCACGCUUUUGGCCAAGACCAUCCCAUUGAAGAUUACAUAGAAUAUUCAAAAAAGCUAGUGCACCACAGCGGAGGGCUUCCAUUAUCUCUUCAAGUUUUAGGUUCUUCUUUGUCGGGGGAAAGAAUAGGUGUAUGGAAAAGUGCAUUGGAGAAGUUAGAAGCUAUUCCAAAUGGUGAAAUAACAAAUAAACUAAGAGUAAGCUACGACUCCUUACAAGAUGACCAUGAUAGAAAAUUAUUCCUCCACAUUGCUUGUUUCUUCAUAGGAAAGGACAAAGAUUAUGUUAUUAAAAUACUAGAUGGAUGCGAUUUCUAUACAAUUGUUGGCAUUCAAAAUCUCACCGAUAGGUGUUUAGUGACAAUUGAUGAAUGUGAGAAGGUGCAGAUGCAUGACAUGAUUUGUGCAAUGGGAAAAGAUAUUGUUCGUCAAGAAUCAGAGGAGCCUUGGAAGUGUAGUAGAGUAUGGCAACAUAAUGAUUCUUUCAAAAUCUUGACAGAAAAGAAAGUAAGAAACAUGACAUGUGCGCACACAUAUGGUUCAAAAACAAUUGAAGGUCUUGUCUUGGACAUGCAUAUGCGCCAUACAAACAAUCCCACAAACUCAAAGGAGAAGGUUUUAGAAACCAAUGCUUUUGCAAGGAUGCACAAACUAAAGCUCCUCCAUCUUAGUCAUGUACAACUUGACGGAUCUUAUGCACAAUUUUGUACAGGAUUACGAUGGUUGUGUUGGCUUAAGUUUCCCCUGGAUUCUAUACCCACUGAUUUUCCUUUGGGGAGCCUAAUUGUUCUUGAAAUGCAAUAUAGCAGCUUGAGACAAGUCUUUGAAGGAAUGAAAUGUCUUCUGUCAUUGAAGAUCCUUGAUCUCAGCCAUUCUCAUUCCCUUACAGAAACUGACUUCUCAUUUUGCCCAAAUCUAGAGAAACUUAUUCUUGUAGAUUGUGUGAGCCUAAUUUGUGUCCAUGGAUCCAUUGGAAACCUUGAGAGACUUGUUUACUUGAGUAUGAAGGAUUGCGCAAAUCUUAGGAUACUUCCAGAGAACAUGUUCAUGCUAAAAUUACUUGAAGCACUUAUUAUAUCUGGUUGCAUAAAUCUUGAGUUACCAAUUGAGAUGUUGAGGAGUAUGGAAUCUCUGAAAGUGCUCGAGACAGAUGGAAUUCCAAUUGGUGAAUUAUGGCCAGGAAGAAGUUCAUGUAUCUUGAGUUCUUUACCAUGCUCUUUAGUAGACUUGAGUCUUUGUGGGUGCAAUAUUUCGGAUGAUGCCUUUACCAGGGAGUUUAGUAAUCUACCCUCAUUGCAAAGACUAAAUCUAGGUAAUAAUCCAAUUUGUAGCCUGCCAGAUUUCAUCAAAGGUUUAAAGAGGCUCGAUACACUCUCUUUUGUAGGGUGUAGGAGUCUCAAAUCGCUUCUUGGGUUACCAAAACUAGGCGAAUUGGUUGUGGUAGAUUGCAUAUCUUUGGAAAAAGUAACAUAUCAAUCUUCCCUCUAUAAGCGGCCUCAAGUUUUUUUUCAUGACAACCGCAACCUAGUUGAAUGGGAGUACUGGUACAAGCUGGAACCCAUUGGAAGAGUUGAUGUAGAAAUAAUCAACCUUUUGGGCUUGUGCAACUUGGAAUCCAUGGCACCCAUUCAAAUGCACAGCUCAAGUUGGGGGUCACGAAAGGAUGAUUGCAGUUCGGUCCAGGGACUGUAUGAAUAUGGUAUAUUCAGCACAUUUUUUGUCGGGAAUGAGGUUCCAGGCCAGUUCAGCCAUAAAAGUACAAAGUCCUCGAUCUCUUUUACGGUGCCUUCACUUCCUAAUCACCAAAUUCGAGGCUUGAAGGUCUUCGUUGUCUAUACAAAAUAUGUCAAUGAUCUUCCUGAAGGGGACCCUGAUGAAGAUACGACAGAUGAAGAAGAAGAGCAACAGGAUGAUCUCACAAUUGUUGCCAUGGUAGGCAGCAACGACUCUGGUGGCCUCCAUGGCUGGAAGCUGCUCAUCACCGCAUCAUGUUUCUUUCUCAUGCUUUCUCUAAUCACACAGUCGUCUCUCACACACAGAAAGAAGCGACAGUCAAAAAGUCGUGGAUGA